GAUGCGUUAAGCGAACAGGUGGGUAAGAAAUUUACCACUUUGGAUCAGGAUAAUGAUGGGUCAAAAUUGCAUAAUUGUGCCAAACUAUGACACGGAGCCUGUGGUUGGUUAUUGUCAUCAGAGUCAUCUUAAUGGUCCUUAUCUGGAGAAACCGGUUUCUGAGAAGGGAGAAAAAGGCAUAGUUUGGGAUCUGUGGCAUGGCAUGAAUUAUUCAUUGAAAUUUGUUUUAAUGAUGGUCAGAUCGAAAGCUGAAUAAUAUAAUAAAAUGGAUUGAUGCUCUUUAAAAAAUUGUUUUUAAUGACGU